AUGCAGAAGUGGCCAAACAUAAUUAACCAAGUUGCCCCGUAUUCACAUACUGUUUAAAGGCUAACCUAACCCUACUUUUCUUUCCUAUAAAUUCCCUCCACAGACCACAGUCUCACCAUCCAUGGCUAACUCUUCUUUGCUCUCCACCACACUGCCUUCUCCUUCUGUGCCAUUGCAGCCUAGCUCAACGACAAUCUUCUCUAUCACAGCAACAACAGACAAAUGCCGCGUCCAAAACCUCAAAUCCCCUCGAACCCGCUCGCCACUUUCAGCACGAGGCUGGCGUCGCGGAAGAAUGGGACCAGAACAAUGACCAGUUUGAGUGUGCCGGCGUGGUGGCCACUCGUCAUCUUAUCGAGCCAAGAGGCCUACUCUUGCCCUCCGUCAACAAAAAACAUAAGCACAUUUAAGGCCAUAAGCAUACUAGAAUACAAAAAACACACACAAACACAUAUUUGAUUUUAUACUAACUUAUGUCGGGCAUUUAUAUAUAAUUUGUAACCUAUGAACAGGUCAAGGCCUACUAGGGACCACAGUACGAUUCCUGGCUGCCCAGAAACAUACCAAUCCUUCCAGCAAUCUCAGGAAGGAAGAACAUCCCAGAGGUCAAGGGACCAGCACCAAAAGGUCCUACGCUUCCGCCAAGGAGACAUUAUCGCCUUGCCAGCCGGAAUAGCCCAUUGGUCAUACAAUGACGGCAACAACCAACUUGUUCUCGUUGUGGUUCAUGACACCAACAAUGAUGCCAACCAGCUUGAUCAGAGACUCAGGAAGUUCUUCCUUGCCGGAAACCAACAAGAGCAGCAACCGAGAAGCUUGUACGGGCAACAACAACGCUUCGGCAACAAUAUUUUCCAAGCUUUUAAUGUUGAGAUUCUGGCCGAAGCUUUCAAUGUAGACACUGAGACUGCAAGGAAGCUACAUAACGAGAACGAUAGGAGAGGAAACAUCGUGAGGGUCGAAAGAGGGCUUCAAUUGACAAGGCCAAAGUUUGAAGAAGAAGAAAGAAGAGAAGAAAGAGAGAGAGGGAGAUACAAUGGCUUGGAGGAGACCAUUUGCAGCAUGAGGCUCCGAGAGAACAUUGCUAACCCAGAGCUUGCCGACGUGUACUCGGCCUGUGGAGGAUGCAUAAGCACUGUUAACAGCCACAACCUUCCCAUUUUGAGAUGUCUCCAACUAAGCGCUGAGAGAGGAGUUCUCUACAGGAAUGCCUUGAUCGUCGGAAACUCCCAGAGGCCUGUCUUUAACGGACAAGUACGUGCUGGUCAGUUGCUCAUUGUUCCACAAAACUUUGCUGUGGUGAAGAAAGCUGGGGACCAAGGCUUUGAAUGGAUUUCAUUCAAGACCAAUGACUUCGCAAAGACCAGUCCUCUUGCCAGAAGGACAUCAGCUAUCCAGGCAUUACCAGAGGAUGUCUUAGUUCAUGACUAUCAGGUUUCGAGAGAUGAAGCAAAGAGGUUAAAGUAUAACAGAGAGGAGGUGACUAUCCUUAGUCCAAGGUUAGCAACCGUCAUCUCUGCCUGUUCAGGUACGGCUGGGGGAAGUCCUAGUCCAACCCUUAAGGCAUGGGCAAAGCUAAUGCCAACCUUCUCUUCUUGGAAGGCAAAGUCAUUGCCAUUCUCGACUUUUACUAAUAUAGAGUUGGCUUUAUUUGGACUGGAGGUGUCUUCCAGUGGUCUUCCAGCAUUAGAAAAAGUCAAGUCCGUCCUUCACAAGUAUCUGCAACACCCUCCCAUGCCUUUUCUUUUCUUUUAA